UCGUUCGUACCUCGGGCAUUUCCGGUCAGUGUCGCCAUCUGCUUUCUCGUCCUUCUCCAAUCUCCGUGUUGUUGUUCCCGGUGACGCGGCGGAGGUGUAGCCUGACGCGGGCUCUUACGUGUCGGCCAGAAUAAAAGUGGAGCUCCGGAGGCCCGGGAGUGACGAAAGGAGCCUGUAUCGCUUAACAAAUGAAGAUGGAGUCGGCAGUAGAGGCUCAGCAGGGGGCGGAGACUGCUGUGACUGAGACGGAAAGCCAGCAGAUCACUCCGGCUCAGAUCGCCACCUUGGCACAGCUAGGUGUACUCUCUCCUGAAUUUCAGGUGACCAUGACAGCAGGCCACGCCUCCGCAACAGGUCCGACAGUCACACUGGUUCAGCUUCCAAAUGGACAGACGGUUCAGGUCCACGGAGUCAUCCAGGCUGCACAACCGUCCGUUAUCCAGUCCCCACAGGUUCAGGCUGUACAGAUCUCCACCAUAGCAGAGAGCGAGGACUCUCAGGAGUCAGUGGACAGUGUGACUGACUCUCAGAAGCGCAGAGAGAUUCUGUCACGACGCCCUUCAUACAGGAAAAUCCUGAACGAUCUUUCAUCCGACGCUCCGGCAGUCCCUCGAAUUGAGGAGGAGAAGGCGGAGGAUGAUUCCUCUGCUGCAGCUGCCACGCCUGCAAUCACCACCGUCACCGUCCCCACACCCAUCUACCAGACCAGCAGUGGACAAUACAUUGCCAUCACACAAGGCGGGGCCAUUCAGCUGGCUAACAACGGUACAGAUGGCGUUCAAGGCCUUCAGACUCUCACCAUGACCAACGCGGCAGCAGCAGCUCAGCCUGGAGCCACCAUCCUCCAGUACGCACAGACCAGCGACGGACAACAGAUACUGGUACCCAGUAACCAGGUGGUGGUCCAAGCUGCCUCAGGAGACGUCCAGGCCUAUCAGAUCCGAGCAGCCCCCACCAGCACUAUCGCCCCCGGAGUGGUCAUGGCGUCCUCCCCCGCCCUCCCCGUCCAGGGCGCUACUGAAGAGGUCACCCGCAAACGGGAAGUCCGCCUCAUGAAGAACAGAGAGGCGGCGCGUGAAUGUCGCAGGAAGAAGAAGGAGUACGUGAAGUGUCUGGAGAACCGCGUGGCCGUCCUGGAGAACCAAAACAAGACACUAAUCGAAGAACUGAAAGCCCUUAAAGACCUUUACUGCCAUAAAUCGGAGUAGUUCCUGUCUCCAGAACAGAGAGCUGGGCUAAGUAGCACUUCAGUUUCUUCAAAUACUUCGACUGUUUGAUUCUGCCUGCCUGGCCUUCCAGUUUGCACACGGCUGGCUCUUUUUGACUAAAACCCCCCCUCCUGAUCAAGGUUCUGCUCACACUGUCCUCUCUUAUGUUAGUGUUAGGGAAAGUUUGGAAACAUAAACAUCCAGUGAAUACUCUGGAGAAUGUCAGUCAAUGAUUCUGAUAACUGGUGUUAGUAAAGUGCUACCUGAAAAUGCAUAGUUGAAAAUAUCAGCGUUAUUAAAGUUCUGAUCAGCCGGGGAUGAUGUGCUUCACACCUUCUCCUGUCAGCCUGUAUCUUAUUGUAGAUCUGGGUUAUACUCAAAGAAGAUACAUGACUGAACUCAUUACAACUGUUGAAGAGAUACUUCAUGUUUAACUGGCCUCAAAUAAUAUCUCCAGUGGUUGACUGACAGUAUGUCUUUGAACAGUUCCCAUGGUGUCAUGGCACUUACUUUAACUUGUGUUCCUGUUUAAAACAGCUGUUAAACUGUACACCAGGACUUUAUUUAAGGCAGUCUGUUGUGUAGUUUUAUGGAAACCUGUCGGAUAUUAAUGUGAAGAAUAAACUCUUCAAUAAAGGGUCCAGUGUGGGGAAUAAUCAGGCCAGCUAUGACAGAAACACCCAGCUUUAAAACACAGAUUUAUUUAUGAACAGUUAAAGUUUUCUUGGUGACAUUUUGCCCUCAGAACAAGUUUUUUUCUCUUUAAAAAAUGUGUUGAACAGUGAAGGUUGGGACAUUUCUUCAACAGACAGCCUCAGGCAGCUGCAGUUGAAGCUUUUGGAUAAAUGAUGAACCUCUACCUGAUGAAACAGCCUAAUAUAUUUCCAUUUGUAUAUCCGACUCUACAACUAAUUAGGCACAAAUAUGAAAUUAUAGCACAAAUAAUUCAUUUUUUUCUAAGUGGUUUUAAAGAUGCUACCAACUGCCAACCUUACAAUAAGCCGAAACCUGUUGUGUUCAAUCAUCUCUCUGCUUCUACAGAGUAGAUGAUUUUCAGAGAGGCUUGUAAAUGUGAGUCAUGAGGAAGGUACGGUCGAGCUUUAAAGAGAGAUUAUUAUGACUAAUAAUUUAAAGACUUGGGAGCACUUAUUUUUUAUUUUUUGCUGACAUUUUUAAUCCUCAUGGAAACAUUUUACACUCUAGUGUGAGUUCAGUUUAAACCAUUCUGAAGUGAAAACAAAUCUGAAUGAUAAAGUUUCUGUUCAAAACAGUCACAACGAAAAAAAGAGACGUUUCUGACUCAUCAGUAGUUUUUGAGUCAAAGCACAGUACUCGUGUUCAUUCAGGUGUUGUCAUGUUCAAGAUCGUCAGGGGUUGCUUAAUACUCGAUGUCAGCAGUUAACUGGUUCAAUAAAAUGUAUCAUAGCACAAGAGUGUUGCCAAAAAAGGUCAGAAAAAGAAGAUCCAGGUUGUAGAAAAACACACAUUCAAUGUGAAGUCACCAGAGAGCUCUGUGUUUUAUUAUUUAAGUCUAAGGUGAGGUCAAGCAUCAUCUCAUUGUGCCACGGUAAACGGUCCGUUUCCAGGACUUUUGAUUUUUCACAUGUUUUACAUCGUCGUGUCUGUUUUGCUUUGUCUGUUAAAUGUUAAAAAAAAUGAGACAUGAGAUUACAGGGCCGUUUGUUUGUUGUUUAAAUGUAGCAGGUUGGAUUCUUUGUGAGAUCUACAGAAACAUAGUCUACAACAACUACAUUAUAUAAACACUAAAGAUCCAUGGGGACGCGUGAAAACAGAUUGUUUGUGUUGGACUUUUAUGAAAAGAUUUCUGUAUUUGUGUGUUUAUUUUUUUAUAUUACUGUACAUAGGAUCUACAGCAUGUGUAGACAUCAUUGUUUUCUGUUUAUUUGAUAUCAAAAAAAUAUUCUUAUGACUUUUCAUAUUUGUAAUAUACAUCAGUGUACAAUAGGAGACUAUGUAAGUGUGUAUUCAUGUAAUCUACCAGGCCUACAACCGUCAUGGCAGCUAAGUGUAUGAGAAGAGGCCUUUUGUUGGAGAUGUGAUGUUGUGGAGUGCCGUGCUGUUCAGGAUCCACAGUGUUUGUUUGUAGAGAAGAGCAAGUCUGUUGAGAGCAGCUGGGGUCCACAAAAUAUACCCGUUUUUAUAAUUAACGGUUUUGAUGAAUCAAAAUCUGCACAGCGAAACCCUUGAUGGCUUCACACUCAAACUCAUGGUUAGAUUUUAUUUUUAUGGUUAUAUUUCUCCCACCAAACCCUUUCUGACACCUCCAAACGAAAAGCACAAAUUUCCAUCCCACUAGAGCGCUUGUGUUUAUUUGACCACACUCUAACUCCCUAAUUUACUACAGUGCUACAUGCUUUCUUUUAAUUCUGUUAAAAUACAUGUUUGUUUUUUUAUCAACAACCAACCCAAGUUCUUUAGCUAGCUCCAACUUGAGAGUAAAGAAAACCAGCUAUAUGCUCUGAGAGGAUGUCCUCAAUAAUAUAUCAAACUUUCUUUGUUUUGAUUAUUAAAAUAUCAUGUUUUCAUGGUAGCACUGCCAUAUUCCCUUCCAAAUUUUAAACAUUUUGAUAUUGUACAGUUUGAAUUUGUAAUGUAUAGAGUUUAGAAGAGUUGAAUCAGCGUCAGAAACCACACGGCACUUCAAAGACUUUGAAUAAAAUCAUCUCAUAUUGACCCUGAGCACAUUCGUAUAAGCUGUAGGUGUUCAUGGUGACACUGUUUGCUCUCCUUGUGCCCAUCAGAGGAAUCCAAACGCACAGUGUGUUUAUUAUGAUGCAUUUUUAGGGACAAGUCUGACACUUUCACCCUUGUGAACAGGCUGGACAGCAUUCUGAACUUUAAGAUACUGGUGCCAUUGUGAUGAAAUGUUUACUGGAUAAAAAAUAAUUUCCUCCUCUUGUAACUCACUCAUCCAUUGCUGGUGCUGAAAAAACAUAUAAUAACCUUUCUUUUGUUGAUUUGGUAUAGUGAGUGAGCUCAACUUUGUGAUGUGUUAUACAAUAAUCUUACAACAAAACCAAAAGUGUUUUCAUUUCUGUGCCACGAUAGUUUAAACCCAAAGGGCCUCAUUUGUGCAUGAAACAGAUUGUUAUCCAUGUGUGUAAAAGUAUAUAUAAAUAUAUAUAAAUAUAUCAUUUCUAGAACAGUAAUAAUGACUUUUUUCUAACUUUUAAUGUGAUCUGUUUGUAUAUUGCCACUUUUGCAAGCCAUCAUCUGAAGAUGCCAUGUAUUGUAUAGUAUGUUGUAGAGAAAAGGUCACUAAAUGAUGCUGUUUGUUUUCAACACAUGAUAAAACUACACCAGCCCAUUAUUUCAAAGUGCUGUUACUCAGACGUUCAUCACUCUUUUGUAAACACUUGCUAUGUUGCAAUAAAAUGCUCUUGAAGACUGUUA